UCCAUGUAAAUCUUUUUCAAAUACUAUACUGUAAUUGAUUUAUAUUUUGAAAAAAAUUAUAACAAAUACUGGUAGCAAAAACAUUGUUUUAUCUCUUUGUAUAUCUAACAUUUUUUAUGUUCUUGUUACUUAGUCAUCCACCCACACUUUGCUAUGAAACUGUCUUGAAUAAUUGAGCCACAAUUUUGUGAACUUAACUUAUUGUGGGGAACAUGGGGUUAAAUUGGUAAAGAUUCAAAAUGUGAGACUUUUAAAAUAUGUGAAUCGAUCUUUAUUGAGAAAUAUUCAUAUUGAUAGAACUCACGCUAAUGUACUAUGUGAUCUCAUGAAAGCCUCUGUAAUGUCAUAGACCGAGGCAGUUAUCUUGUUUGUACUACCAGUCUUGGCAAGAUUUCAACAUUUCAAUCUGCACACUCAAGAACAGAUACUUCCUAAGCCUUUUCAUACUGUGGGUUACUGAGGCAACAGCUUUGUUUCUAGCCAUUAGGAAAUGACAUCUUGAAAAAUGAUGCAUAUGUCAUCACUACUGAUCCAUGAAUACUGCAUACAUUACCUUCGCUGCACAACGACAUUGUGAAUAGCAGCAAAGAAAAAAUAUCAACAAGAGAUGCUUGACUGACCUGAUCUACUGUAUAUUCAAAAGAGAGCAGUCAAAAAUCAUUAAUGUUCAAAAGAUUCAGAAAAUAAAAAGAGCUGCAAACUGAUGACUCACAAGGGUGCAAACAAAUACAGUAAGUGAAAAUACAAAAUAUGCAAGAGAUGUAUAAGGUCAAUAACAACUAGAAUACAGACCUGUUCAAAAUAUUACUUAGACAACAUUGAUAACAUCAGAACUGCUUUUCAUCUUUGUUUUGAAAGGUGUUCUUACAUUCUCAAUGGAACUAGAGUAUCUUUUAUAUACUGUACUUGUAACUACAACAUUGAUUAUACUUUACUGACAUAGCAAGUAUAAAAGAUUAUUAUGAUACCUACAUAAGACUUGUUUGGAUACCUAAAUUUGUGUCAUUAUAAAAGCAGCAAUACACACUAUCUAUAUCCAGUGCUGGCUGGUGUAAUAAGGGCCAAACAUUGAAAGCAUAAGAGUUUAUAUGCUUUCAAUGUUUUUUAAUUGGAUUUGUGAAUGACAUCUUUUGGUCUCCAGCCCCAUUAGAAGGGAUCAUGUUAAGCACAAGGGAAGAUUACUUUGUGUAGGGUUUCUUAACACUGAGUUAAAUUUGUAAGUUUUACGUCUUUCAUCUUUUAAAUUGUUUCCAAAUAAUUUGUCCUUUGGGUACAGGGCCAGAUUGAGACACACUGAGCCCUAACCUAUGUCAAUAUUUAUAGGCUGCAUAUUAUAACAAAAACAAUACAAUACAAUAUAUACUGUAUGUAAAAAAUGUUGUGAUUGUUAUUAUUAGAGUACAGUAUUGUAUUGUAUAUUAUGCUUGUAUGCUACUGUUUUAUUGUAUUUUGUAAGUGAUUCCCUAUCCAUAAAUAAUGCAAAAACAUGCAAACGAAGAUUUAUAAAAUGAAGAAUUGCCAUCAAUAAGUCCUUCUGUGCCAGUUAUUUCUAGUCAACACUGAUGUCUGGAGAUUAGCAGGUCAAGAUUAUACUGCCACACUGCAAGGAGACGGGGAGCCAGGGGUUCAGGCUUAGAGGGGGCCUAUAGCUUAUCAGUUCAACAAUAUCUUAUACCUGCAUUAUUUACUCAGUACUGUAUUACUAUACACUGGAAAUUCAAGUUAAUAAAUAAGAACUAUGUUGCACACUCAUGAUUCAAAUUGACUGCUAGAUAUCAAGGGUGCUGAGAUCUGGCCAUGACUUGCAAGAAAGAAUGAUAAAAACACCAAUGAACAAACAUAUUGUACAUGGGGCUUCCCAGAUAGCAGAUACUAUUACACUGAUUAUAAGCCAACUGGCACAUUUUCUUGAUAUUUACUAUAAUUUAGAUAUGUUAUUGACUCCAUAAUGUCAUGCUAUGUAAUGUUAGUUUAGAUAAAUAAAUUACAAAUUUACAAUGUACUGAUGAAGUAGAGUAAAGAUUGGCCAUAUUGUUUAUACAGUACAGUCCUAGGCUGUUUAGGUACAGAUAUAUGUUCAGUUUUUAUCUUUGACCUUGGUUAUUUGUUUAUCUUCACUUUAUCAUUUUACAAGAGUGUCAACACAAGUAGGGAAAGGGACUUAUGGUUGGGUGCACCACUUUGAGACCAGGUCAUUCUUAACCCAUUUUGUACGGGGCUUUGCUGAAUAAAAUCAUUUGGAGUUAGCUGCAUAAAAUAUUACAGGUAAAUGUAGUAUCCCGUAUUGAAGGGGUUAAUUCAUCCUUGGGUGGUCAAAAAGUUGCAGAAACCUAUUUAUUUGCCCCUGAGUAACACCACAACACCACAGAGGAAGAAUUGGGAUGAGUGUUCAACAUGCUAUACUGCUUACAGGCAUGAAAUUAUAUUAAUGCUAGCCAUUUUGAACAUGCAUGAUAUGUUCUACUUUAAUACAGUAAUCUGAAACAAACAAAAAUAUUAUAUAUAUAUUUAUAUAUAUUUAUUCAGUGCUCUGCAACUUUCUGAUCACUCAGUACAUCAAGUUGGGUUCCUGCCUAUCAAUACUAUAUCAGUUCUCAAACCUCUUGACCAUGGUAUCACCUAAUUUUAGUUGUACAACCCAUAACAGUUGCUGAGGCAGAUGAUGUCAACUGUGAAGGAAGAGAAAGUGAUGACUGUGCAUGAUUUCUGAAAGGAUUACAACAUUCCCAAAGUCACCAUGCACAGCUUGGAAAGUCAUUUCUUUGUCAUCCCUGAAUAAAGUGUGGUGCAUGUUUCAGUCAUGUGGUGGCUGGAAGAGCAACCCAUUCUGAAUCUCACUAGGGUGUGUCAUGUGAGAGAUACAGUGAUAUGAAUUUCAUCAAGAGAAGAGCAUCUUGAGGAGCACCAGUUAGAAUUAACAAUUUAAAUGCCCAUUCAGCCACUGGAGACAACAUAGGAAAGGAGGAAGACCAGUUUGACAUUUGUGAAACUGUGUGGGAGUCUGAGGGACAUCUCCACUCCACCUUCAACACAUGAUGAUGACCAGGCUUGUUCUUAUUGAUGUGAUGCGCGCACAGGUGUUACUGGUGACGGUGGCGACCCUGGGAGUGGUGCCGUCCUGGGCCCUCCUGGACCUCUUUGCUAAGAAGAGCAGCGGAGUAGGCGCCUACACCAGGGGCGCCUACAGAAAACCCAGCAGCGGCUACAACAGGUUCUACUUGGCUGGUACAGGUUCCACUGGAUACACUGGUGGAGGUGGUGUCAGCACUGGGAGUGGAAGCGUCAGUGGUGGAUUCGGCGUCAAUUCAGGAGCUGGCAGUGGUGGAUUCGGUGUCAGUUCAGUUGCUGGCAGUGGUGGAUUCGGUGUCAGUACCGGAGCUGGCAGUGGUGGAUUCAGUGUCAGUUCAGGAACUGGCAGUGGUGGAUUCGGUGUCAGUACCGGCGCUGGCAGUGGUGGAUUCAGUGUCAGUUCAGGAACUGGCAGUGGUGGAUUCGGUGUCAGUACCGGCGCUGGCAGUGGUGGAUUCGGUGUCAGUACCGGCGCUGGCAGUGGUGGAUUCGGUGUCAGUACCGGCGCUGGCAGUGGUGGAUUCGGUGUCAGUACCGGAGCUGGCAGUGGUGGAUUCGGUGUCAUUUCAGGAGCGGGCAGUGGAAUUAUCAUCGGCACCAGUAGUGGAAGUAGUGGAACCGGUACAACUAACGGUGGAAGUGGAGUAUUCAUCACAAGCUCCGGGAGUGGAGGCCAGCCCGGCACUAUAACUGGAAGUGGAGGCCAGCCCGGUACUAUUACCGGAAGUGGAGGCCUGCCCGGCACUAUUACCGGAAGUGGAGGCCAGCCCGGCACUAUUACCGGAAGUGGAGGUCAGCCCGGCAUCAUCACCGGAAGUGGAGGUCAGCCCGGCAGUAUCACCGGAAGUGGAGGCCAACCCAGCAUUAUCACCGGAAGUGGAGGUCAGCCCGGCAUCAUCACCGGAAGUGGAGGGCAACCCGGCAUCAUCACCGGAAGUACAGACAGUGGGUUUGGCGUUAAUGCAGGAAAUGGAGUUGUGACUAGUAUCGAUGGUUCAAUUAACGUAAGUGGUGGCAUCGACGGUAGCGUGGGUGGUGGUGGUGCAGCUGUGUGCCCAGUGGUGACACAGCCGGUGGUCACGGAGGUCACACAGACACAGUUUACCACCGAGUACGUGACGGUGCCUCAUCCUCUGCCUACUUUUAUCAUCAGUACUGUGCCCCUCGACAAAACUCUUCUAGUGACCGCCACGGCCCUCACCACAUUUGUUCAGCCUCGAGAGACCGGCUACUGCGCGAGCACCAAGGUCGUAUACUCCACUAGUACUGUGACGCGGGGUAAAUUGGUGACGGAGACGCGGGUCCUCACCGAAACCAACGUGUUGCAUGACAUUAAGACGGUCACCAGGACAUUUACCAGUACCGAGUUGGCCACUGUAGUACGCACAGUCACCAAGCAGGAGCAAGAGACUGUCACCAAUACACUCAUCGCCACGCAGACGUCCACCACUGUAGAGUAUCACACCGACACCGUAACUAGCAGCUACCAGGCCCUCACCAGCACCGUGGUGUCCGUCCCCAAUACUGUGGUGGUGACGUCGACAGAGCUCGUCUGGAACGUCGUUACCGUCAGCCACACAAAGACUAAGACGGCUUACAAGACAGUGUUGCAGAAGUGUGGUGGCUACUGAUGUAGUCACUCCUAAAGGAACUCCUGCAGCGGGGGAAGUUGGCACGACGAUGACUUAGCAGCUCCAGUCCUCGUGCCCAUCUUCUCCCUCCGGCUCACUCCCCCGCCCCCCCCC